UCAAUAUAUAUACAUAUGUGCAAUUUGAAAUUAUCAUUUAAAGUAAUCCAUAGAAGAUAUUUGGCAGUUCUGUUUACGAAAUUUGGUUCGAGUAUUAUUGCUGGCAUCUGUUCUUGUAUUAAGACGUCAGGCAUCAUGGUACCGGUUGGUCCGGUACCUUGUAAAAUGAGUCAACUUAAAGCAACAGCAUUACAACUGCAUGGAGGUGAAACAGAUUCUUGGCUGGACCACUUAAGUGGUUUAAAUAUUGAUACUCAUCCAAUAUAUCAGAGAUUAACUGGAAUAAUAUGCACUAUUGGUCCUGCAUCCCGAGAUGUAGAUAAAUUAGUGGAAAUGAUGAAGAGUGGCAUGAAUAUUGCCCGUUUAAAUUUUUCUCAUGGAACACACGAGUAUCAUGCUGGAACAAUAGAAAAUGUGCGAAAAGCAGCUGAAAUCAUGGCUAAAGAAUUAGGAAUGCCUUCUUAUCCUGUUGGAGUUGCAUUGGACACUAAAGGUCCAGAAAUUAGAACUGGUUUGCUUGAAGGGGGUCCUAGUGCUGAAGUUGAAUUAGUGAAAGGAAAAACUAUUAAGGUCACCACAGAUGAUGCUUAUAAAGAAAAGUGUUCAGCUGAAGUCAUUCAUGUAGAUUAUAAGAAUAUUACUAAAGUUCUAAGUGUUAACAGCAAAGUUUAUGUAGACGAUGGUUUAGUUUCUUUGAUUGUCAAAGAAAUAGGUUCUGAUCAUUUAAUAUGUGAGAUAGAAAAUGGUGGAAUGCUUGGAAGUAAGAAAGGUGUUAACUUGCCUGGUGCAAUUGUUGAUCUCCCAGCUGUAUCAGAAAAAGAUAAAGAUGAUCUUCUUUUUGGAAUUGAACAAGAUGUUGAUAUGGUUUUUGCAUCAUUCAUUCGAAAUGGUGAGGGUGUAAGAGAGAUACGUCAAAUACUUGGAGAAAAAGGAAAGGACAUACUAAUUUUAUCCAAGGUUGAAAACCAUGAAGGUGUUGUUAAGAUAGAUGAAAUUAUUCAUGAAAGUGAUGGAAUCAUGUGUGCUCGUGGUGAUUUAGGAAUUGAAAUACCUCCAGAAAAAGUUUUUCUGGCACAAAAAAUGAUGAUUGCUAAAUGCAAUAUGCUGGGUAAACCUGUUAUUUGUGCUACACAGAUGUUAGAAAGCAUGGUUAAGAAACCAAGACCAACUCGUGCAGAAGGAUCUGACGUCGCUAAUGCCGUUUUGGAUGGAGCCGAUUGCGUAAUGUUGUCUGGAGAAACCGCCAAAGGAGAUUAUCCUCUACAUGCAGUGAGAGUAAUGGCUGCAAUAUGUGUAGAAGCAGAAGCUGCUGUCUUCCAUAGACAUGUCUUUACAGAACUUACUGCUAAAACUCCAGUUCCUACUGAUUCCACUCAUACACUGGCAAUUGCUGCUGUCAGUGCAUCCAUGAAAUGCUUGGCUUCAGCAAUUAUAGUCAUUACAACAACUGGAAGAACUGCACAUCUUGUGUCCAAGUAUAGACCACGUUGUCCAAUUAUUGCCGUCUCUCGGUUUGCUCGUACAACUAGACAGGCUCAUUUGUGGAGAGGUAUUUUGCCACUACAUUUUAUGGGCGAUCGUCUACCAGACUGGCCACAAGAUGUAGAUGUUCGUAUUCAAUACGCCAUCAAUUACGGAAAAACAAGCCAAUUCCUCCGAGCAGGUGAUGCUGUGAUAGUUGUUACCGGAUGGAGAAAGGGUGCUGGUGCAACAAACACAAUGCGUGUCGUUUAUGUGGAAUAAAUUCUUCAGCAUUCUUCCAGCUUUUUCACCAUUCCUUAUUUGCUUUCCUAGAAAUUUUAGAGCAAAAGUAAUCAGUUUAAAUUAUUUUAUUGCCUUAAAUUAUUCCAGAGUAUAAUGUUCAUUCUGACUGCACUAAAUAAUUUGUGCUACACAGUUAAAUCUAUUUUCCUGUAAAUAUAAUAUGGAAAGUUGUUUUAAUUCUAAGUUUAUAGCCGUUGAAAUAUGAUGUUAAUGUUGUUAAAAAAUGAUUAUUUUUGUGAAAAAAGAAAAAUAUUUAAAAUGUAUUUGGAGCAUUUAGUAAUGCAGAGGGAAAUGUCUAUCAUCAUAUUCUAUAUUAGAAUUAAAUAAUCCUACAAUAUGUAA